UGAACGGUCUCCUCUCCUCUGUCUUGGUCUUAGCAAUAUGUCCAGCAAAUCAAAAGCACCGACAAGCAACCAUCUCAUUGCAGGGGCAGCUUCCGGCUUCACCUCGGCAAUUGCCCUCCAACCCUUCGACCUGAUGAAGACACGGCUGCAGCAGAUUGAUAGUCGGUCCACAGGGAUGGGAGUUGACAGACUAGUCGGUAUUGCACGCAGCAUAGUAGAUGCGCAUGGCUGGCGAGGUUUAUGGAGAGGCACCAACGCAACACUAUUACGAAAUGUACCCGGUGUUGCCGUAUAUCUCUAUGGCCUCCAGGGGAUUCGAUCACAUAUGACCAAGAUGCCUCAGUUUCGCGCGCCCGUCACAGCGGUCCAGAAUUCCGUAACCACUGUACUGCCUAAGCUAUCCAGAGAAGGUGAUUUAUUUGCAGGUGCCAUUGCUCGCGUUACGGUGGGCUUUCUUUUGAAUCCUUUUACUGUUGUGAAAGCACGGUUCGAGAGCGAUUUGUUCAACUACAAAACAAUGGGUGAAGCAUUCCGAGGCAUUCUCCGGAAGCAGGGAGCCGUCGGACUCCUUUCAGGUUGGACGCCCUCAGCAAUACGAGAUGCCCCGUAUGCGGGCAUCUUCCUCCUCUUCUAUGAGCAGAUCAAGGACAGUACGGAACGUGCUGUAACAAGAUCACAUAAGCAACCGUUUCCGGGUCUUAUUCACAGCUUUUCUGCUGCAACGGCAGCUGCGAUAGCUUCCUGCAUCACCCAUCCGUUUGACGUCGUCAAAACUAAAAUGCAGCUGAGACCAGAGCGAUACACGUCAUUGACCAACGCAAUUUGGAUCGUUCUAAAAGAAAAGACAUUUUUCAACGGACUGGCACUUCGCAUGUCCCGCAAGGUGCUGAGCUCUGCGUUGACGUGGACUGUAUAUGAAGGGGUGCUAUUAUUGUUGCGAGAUAGACAAGCCGCCCUGUAAGCAUUGACGGGAGGUGAGCACGUGCAUUACCUCUGUCAAUGGC